UGCGUCACAUCCGUUUGUACACUUUUUUUGGGGGGGGGGUAUUCCUUCUCGGAUGUCCUGUAAAUUACUGGAUUGAGCCUAAAAAAUAAACGAACCUAAACAAGAACAACGUGGAGAGAAAACAGUUUAGAAAUACGCAUUUAUACUUUUUACAGUUUUGGUCAUUUUAAUUCAAAGAGCAAAUAGCUUGAUACUGCUCUGCUGCGUACAUACUAGAAGACUAGUGCACCCUGACUCAAACACGCCACCGCAGAAAACGGUCGAAACUCAGGUGCUGGGUUAUUGUAUACACUGACACCCUCCUGACAGUUCAAGUCACUCAGGCCCCCCUCCCUUAACCCCACCCGUUCCCCUCCCCUACCCCUUUCCACGACCAUCCCACCCUUGACUAUGAAUGAGGUGAGCGUAGUCCGAGAAGGAUGGCUCCACAAGAGAGGUGAGUACAUUAAGACUUGGAGGCCGCGCUACUUCAUCCUAAAGAGUGACGGCUCCUUCAUCGGCUACAAAGAGAAGCCUGAGCUGUCCGUCCAGAGCUUGCAUCCGCUCAACAACUUCUCAGUGGGAGAAUGCCAGCUGAUGAAGACAGAGCGGCCCAAGCCUAACACAUUCGUUAUCCGCUGCCUGCAGUGGACAACAGUCAUCGAGAGGACCUUCCAUGUAGAAAGCAAUGCAGAGAGAGAGGAGUGGAUGCGUGCCAUCCAGGCGGUGGCCAAUGGGUUGAAGGUGCGAGAGGAGGAAGAGCCCAUGGACCUGUUUGGCUCUCCCAGCGACAACAGCAGCAUGGAGGAGAUGGAGGUGGCCAUGUCCAAGACCCGCUCCAAAGUGAUGAACGUGGUACCUUCAAGGAUGAUCCAGACUUGUGGAGGUCUACAAUUUUUUCUGAAGUCUUGGCUGAUGUCUUUAGAUUUUCCCAUGAUGUCAAGCAAAGAGGCACUGAGUUUGAAGACGAUGAGUGACUUUGACUACCUGAAGCUGCUGGGGAAAGGCACAUUUGGCAAGGUUAUCCUGGUGAAGGAGAAAGCCACGGGGAUGCACUACGCCAUGAAGAUCCUGCGCAAGGAGGUCAUCAUCGCUAAGGAUGAGGUUGCGCACACGGUUACAGAGAGCAGAGUGUUACAGAACACCCGUCAUCCCUUCCUCACAACACUGAAAUACGCUUUCCAGACUCAUGACCGAUUAUGUUUUGUGAUGGAAUACGCCAACGGAGGAGAGCUCUUCUUCCACCUGUCUCGGGAUCGCGUGUUCACUGAAGACCGGGCCCGUUUCUAUGGUGCUGAGAUUGUAUCUGCAUUGGAGUACCUCCACUCUCGUGAUGUGGUAUACAGGGACCUGAAGCUGGAGAAUCUAAUGCUGGACAAUGACGGACAUGUUAAAAUCACCGACUUUGGGCUAUGUAAGGAAGGUAUCACGGAUGGCGCCACCAUGAAGACCUUCUGUGGCACCCCAGAGUACCUUGCACCGGAGGUGCUGGAGGACAAUGACUACGGUCGUGCUGUGGAUUGGUGGGGCUUGGGCGUGGUCAUGUACGAGAUGAUGUGCGGUCGGCUGCCCUUCUACAACCAGGACCAUGAGCGGCUGUUUGAGCUCAUCCUCAUGGAGGAGAUCCGCUUCCCCCGGAACCUGGCCCCCGAGGGCAAGGCGCUGCUCGCAGGCCUGCUCAAAAAGGACCCCAAGCAGAGGUUAGGGGGAGGACCAGAUGAUGCCAAAGAUGUGAUGUCCCACAAGUUCUUCACCUCCAUCAACUGGCAGGAUGUGGUAGAUAGGAAGCUGACUCCGCCUUUCAAGCCUCAGGUGACGUCGGAGACCGACACCCGCUACUUUGACGAUGAGUUCACGGCACAGACCAUCACAGUCACACCUCCAGACAAGUAUGACAAUCUGGACUGUGAGGACCCCAACCAGCCAGCGCACUUCCCCCAGUUCUCUUACUCCGCCAGCAUACGAGAGUGACAGUCUCCACCAUACACACACUGGAGAGACCCAUACCGCAUCAGCUCACACACUCGCGUCCACACUUGUUAAAAAAAAAUAAAAAAGACUGCAGUCUUGAGACACCACAGGCUGAUGGAUCUCUGGUUUCAGCGGGGAUCUAAGUGCCUAGGCUUGCAGCCAUCUUGUCUUCUCAAACUUCGCCUACACUAUGGUCAUGCACAAAUGCAGCCUGUGAACCGCACAGGACCUCAGUACCUCACGUCGUCAGCAGCAGCAGCAGUAGCACAUCAGCCAUGCACAGUGAGGACUAGAACCUAUAGGUGGCGCUAUAGGACACUACUGCUCCUCGGAUUUGAGGCACUGAUUUCUCAUUUCGUUCUUCUCUCGCUCUUUCUUUCUCCCCUUGCCCCUCACACUAACCCAGUAACUCUCACAGCUGGGUAGAAGCGGGGAAAAAAGUCAACCAUCUGAUUAUUUUCAAAAAUGAGAAAAAAUAUUACACCACCACCACCCCCCCCUCCAAUUGUUACAGUUGAUAAGGAGUCAUAUUUCUGUGAUUUAUUUAUGGUUUUUAUCUUGAACCUAGCUGUUACCAAUAGUGUUGAAGUGGUUCUACUGGGAGAGGGUGGGGGGGGAUACAUUUGUGGUGGUGGUAACAAUUAAGAUGUUUCUCCCUCAAUGUGUUUGACUAUGCUUGGAGAAAAGCGAUACAAAAUUGAAUGUCUGCAUUUUGUGUGUCAGAGUGCGGUCGUGUUUGUGUGUGAGCUAGCUGAUUGACGUUAACUUGCCUGGCGAGUAUAAGUAGAUUAAUUUGCCACGUCACACUACACGGAUGUUUCCGACACUCAAGAACCUACUCUGGAAUAUGAGAAGAUGCAGGACAGAGUACUACCAUUUUAACUGUAAUCCAAUGAACUAGUAUUACGUUCUUGUUUCUGACUGCUCAUUGUGAAUAGAACAGCAAGUGCUACAGAGAAAAGGAAUGGGAUUUAGGGAAUCACUGUACAAGGUGUGUAUGUACAUUUUGUAAAACCCUGUUUUUAAUGGUCUCAACACCUCUGCUCUGAGACACACCAGCCAUAUGAUUUACAAGGGUCGACGAGCACUGGGGCUGCGGUUACUCAGUCAAAAGACCAAUUAGUGAAAAGAUCAGAAUUGUUCUACCUGUGUAAACGAAGCCUUAUAUACUUAAGCAGAUCUCCUUUUACUCUAAUUAUAAGAUUUGUAUGUUUUAUUGUUAUCUUGUUGCUUCGCAAGUAUUUUAUUUUUUUCAAUUGUCAUAAACAUCUGCUGUACUAUCAGAAAUGGCCACACAGGUAUUGAUGAGUGGAUCAGCGAAGAGUUGCCGUUCUGGUCACAACACCAGGUGUGUGUUGAAUGUAAUCACGCCUGCUCCUCGUUGCCUGGUCUCACUGCUGACGGUUGCUGGUCGAGACAAGGAGAUUCAGGUUGUUCUCAAAUGUUCUGUUAGUCAUGUGAGCCUUGUGUCCAUUGUGUGCCAUUUUGAAAUAAUUUCUGAGAGGAACUUUUCUCUUUUCCACCUUGCUGUUUCCCUGACCCCUUUGAAGACAUUACUACUCUCGUUUAAGAAAACCAUUCAUAAAUGUCUAAAUGAAAGUCUGUUUCCGCCUGACUUAUUUCAAUUAAAGGAUCUCAUUGUAUGUA